AUGGAUAACGGAAAUCAUAACAAUAUCAAGUCUCCUACUCUUCCCCGACCUGAGAGUCAAAGUAGCGAAAUGAUGCAAAGCGGAAGGGGACCUAUGGUCCCACGUCCUUCUCUUGUUAGAGAAUCAGCAUCGAACUUGAUCAUAAUGGAUUCCGAUGAUGAAGAGGACUCUCUACAGAUGUCUCCUACAAAGGAGCGUCCGCAACUUGGUGAAAAAGGAGAAGCGUCAAAGUCCGCCAAGAGUCGUGGAAAACAGGCACUGAGAACUCUUGCUGAAACAGACGACGAAGAUCCAGCGUCUUUCUAUUAUAAUGACGCCGGAAAAACUACGGAUGCCGCGAAGAAUCGUGAAAAAGAGGGCAUUACCCCUCGAGAGCCUACAACAACUACUCCAGCAAUGAGGAGACAGGCUGUCGAUGAGAUACUUCAAGGGGAAUUGACGGAUUACGAACGUAUACUAGGUGUUUACAAAUUAGCUUCAGAAAAAGAUAUAAACCGGGCUUUCCGUCAGAAGGUUAAGCUAGUCCAUCCCGACCAUCACCAAGAAAGCGCAGAGUCCCGACAGAAAGCCAACAAAGCUCUCGAAUGCGUUAAUUACGCCUAUCGUCAACUUAGCUCAAAUCCAACUUUACUUGACGAUUUACAAACUGGCGAGAGCUUUCACGUGAAUGCAUUCGAAGGUGAUGAUAGCGGUGACGAGGCUAAUGACUACGAAGGAGGAUAUGAGGACAAGCCAAAGGAUCAAAAUAAACAGUCAAAGGAAGAAUUAAAUAUUAAGCACACUCUGGACGCAAUCAACAAGAUGUUGAGUGAGAGGAAGGGGCGAACUGCACCGCCCAGUAUUGUGCGAGCAUAUGAAAGUGUCACAAAAGACAUCGAGGCUAUCAUAGCGAACCCAGAUGAUGAAGCGGCAGUCAUGAGGGCAGAGAAUGUCCAGACACGGAUCAAAUUUCAGAAUGGAUCGGAAAAAUUCGAUCUCAACAUUAGCUUGAUUCGCCAGUUAGCCAGGAAUAAAAUCCUGAGGCGUGAGGCGCUGCGUCAGAGCCCGGAUAAUAUGGUAGAAAUGACGCAAUAUGCCUCUGCAUUUCUUACCUUUGAAUGCGAAAAACAGUGUCACGGCUGGCUACAACACUGGUAUCUGGAUCAGCCUUCAGAAGCAAUUCCUAUAGCUUUUGCUGCCUUAGCAAACCCCUACAUUGAGAUUCUUAAGAGAAACCCCAAAAAUAGAGCUGCAAAGAAAUCACUGGACAGUCUGAGCUCCAUGGCAAAAGAGUGGUUCGAAGAGAACAACCUACCAGAUACAUGGAACGUGGAAGACCUUCCUCAGUACUAUCGAGACCUGGCUGCCGGCAGGUCUGGUGAUAGAUAUUCGGACCAACGUCAUUCUGAACUGGAGACAUAUCUUGUUCAACACAACUGUCCACGAUCCUGGGCAUUAAGGUCUGGGCAAGAUGAGGAUAGGACUAGCGAUGUGCGAAAUCCAGCCCCCGUGUCUAGAGGGAACAACAGGCUCCCGAGGCCAGAGAACAAAGUCCAUGGACCGACGUUCAGCGAAAGAGCAAGAGACCCAGACUCUAUGGAUAUCGACAAGCCGGCUCCAAAGACAAGAGAUGGGGAAGCCAUAUGUGGCCAUAGGUCAUGGCAAAUGAGCAAGCAACAUGAAGGAAAGGCGUUCCUUUUCGCGGUUCUGCCAGAUAAAGAUAUUCCUAUUGGGGAGCUACGAUCCGGCACCAAGAUAGGUAAAGAUGCAAUGAAAGGAUACCUGGCUUCUGAUGCCGUUCAAGAGGUUUGUCAGGUCACAGAAAACGACCAACAUCGUUUUCUUGAGUUGGAGGCGGUCUUUGCCCAUACAUCACAAGGUAAUACGAGGGCGCCUGAGAUUUGGGUAAAUAUGCGGUUGGGUGAUCGCUCGGAAACAGGAGAAGAGCUUAAUGUUGAGAAAAAGAUCGCUACAAGAUCGAGUUAUCGAAUAGUACGAUCCGGUGUAGACGCGGAUUAUGAUAUUGUGCAGUUUUUUGAAAAAUACGGACGAAAGCCGCCUGCCCAACUGGUGAACAAGCUACCGUCAAGAAAAAAUAUGAAAGUAAAUGAGCCGAGCCUUAAAGUACAUCUGAUAUCAGACAAGCCGGCAUCGGGCGGCGAUCCUGAGGCCGACCUUGAAAAGAUGAUGGCUGAACUUCGGCAACAGAAAAGACCGACCUCUGAACAACGCGCAACACCCUCAGGACCUACUAACGAAAGUACAGAUGACAUCUCCAUUAAUUAUAUCGCAAAAUACAAACACCAGCGUGCCACAUGCCAUCUGAUCGAGCUAUAUCAAGCAUAUAUGGCAGAUCCUAUGAAGAGCCAGGAGGCCGAAGCAGCAAUUGUCCAGCUGGAACGUAUCAAUUCUCGGAUUCAGGAUUUAAACAAUGAAGCCGGGCUACUAAGUACUCUAGGGGUUGUGGACUAUGGUGUAUUUCUAUACGGCUGGGACCUAAGACAGGAUCGGGCUAUGUUGAAAGACCAACUUGAAAACUUUUGUACCAGGAAACAAUAUAUGAAAGGGUGGUGCAAUAUUCCUCCUACGCACGAUUAUGGAUACUUUGCAGAGCCGGAAGAGUCUGUUAAUGAUGAGUGGGAGAUUUUAGUCCCUUGGCUUCGUCUUAUCUGGGCAAUGUUGAAGAGGCAGUCCGAGUCGGAUAGCCCAUCAGAAUUUCUGGAUCAUCUCGAAGGCAUGUUCCUCGGGUACCUGGGAGGCCCCGGUGAAGACUUAUCUAUUGCUAAACUCAAUCCAUGGAAAUGGACAGAUUACGACACAAUGCGACUAUGA